AUGACCCGAAUCAGAGUUUCAACGUGUUUUCGAGGCAUCAGUGCGGAAUUCGAGGUCGACAGUGCAGGAACCGCCUCCUAUCACGUUGGAGCGAACCCUGAUUCCCGAUCUGCUGAGACAUGUCGCAAGAACGGGGUGCCGAUGAAGCACAAGGCCCGCCAGGUCAGCGAGAACGAUUUCACAUUCUACGAUCAUAUCCUUUGUAUGGAUGAAGAGAACUUGCGGGAUCUCAAGGAGAUGGCGCCCAAGAAGUACACCGCAACAUUGAAAAUGUUUGGCCAUUACGAUCCAAAGGGCGACCGGAUUAUCAAGGACCCUUACUAUGGCGCUCAGGGAGGAUUCGACAGGAACUUUGCCCAGUGCACUCGUUGCACAGAUGCCUUCCUCGAGAGUCUUGGAUACGAAUGA